AUGAUAGCACAGCGUUCAAGGACAGAUCAUCGCACCUGGGAUCAGGAGCUCCCCCAGAUCGCCUUUUCCAUCAACACGGCCCAACACGAAUCAACGCGAGCUUCCGCCGCGGAGAUCAACUUCGAACGCAAUCCCGCGGCACCAUGGCAGAUACGCACCGAAGGGGCAGUACCAGAAGAACACCCCACGGCAUCCCCAGCCAUCACCGAGCUAUGGGCAGAGAUAAAGGGGCACCUCGCCGUGGCGGCCAAACAGCAGAAAAAGUACUACGACCUACCCAGACGGCCGUGGAAACCUAGAGUAGGAGAGAAGGUAUUGAAGCGAGAUCACCCUCUCUCCUCGGCUGCCGACAACUAUGCUCAGAAGCUCGCGCCGAAAUUCUCAGGCCCAUAUACGAUCACCAAGUACAUCUCCACCAACACGGUGAAACUCGUAAACCCCGAGCGGCCCGACAAACAACCAACGCACGCGCACCUGCAGGACUUGAAGCCGUUCAACGCAUAA